AGUUUGCGUCGUCGGAGGCUUCGGGACAACAUCUGCCGUGCAAUGCUCAGGCUCUGAGGUCAGCCAGGAAAUGUUGGGGGCUAGCACAGGCAGGAGCUUGACGACCGUUCUGGCUAGUGUCUUCACCAUUUUCGUCGGCAACAGUCCGACAGUGGGAUCCAAAGAGUUUGACGUGAGUUCUCUCCUGUCUCCACACGGAGUUGAGAAUCAAGGAAUCCUUCUCGGUCAACAAGCUCUCGAUGAAUGGAGACAGAAAUUCGAAGCGCGAUCUCUGGACGACUGGGGUCGUCUAUGGAACGUCGAGAAACACCGCCGGUGCUACAGCGAUCUCCAGACUCAUAUGGAGUGGUUUUGCCGUAGCGGUUUAUCUUUGGCUAAAAGAUCGGGGAGGAGUCCCGGUCCCUUCGGCCGCUCCGCAGGAUUGCAUCGCUUGCCAACCGCUCUACUCUAUGCUCUUCGCAAGGUAGAGCACGAGAUCGAAGAUGCAGAUUCGCUAGACGAGGACUUCUAUGAGAGGAACAGGCUCGGCCGGUACGGUCAACCAGCUUCUCAGGCGCUGCAACUCCUGAGAAAAGCGUCUGGUGGUCGCCGAAAGCGGAAGGAGCUUGGUAUCAUGGAUGAGUGCUGCCAUCAGAACGACGGUUGCUCCUGGGAGGAGUACGCCGAAUAUUGUGAUGUGGGUAGCCGCGAGAGGCGACGAAUCGUGCCAAAUGCGCAGAGUUGAGCCACAAAGCCUCGGUCCGAGGACAGAUAUUAUGCGGAUUUCGGAGGAACAGAAAAACGAGAAAAAAUACCGAUGAUGAAUAAUCUCUCAUAGAUUUGACGCUGGAACGCUCGAAUGCUCUCAGCUGGAAAAACACAUUUCGGAACGUCGGGUCAUCGUAUUCUAGGAAAUCCGGACUCUACCUCAAAGAGCCCAUCUUGCGACGAUCGUUGUGGGAAUAAACUACGACGUCGUG